UAGAGUGAAAGUGAACAAAAAUGGAUCACAGGAGUCUGCAUGCUCCUGUCGACUUUAAUAAGUCCAUCGAUGAGAUGACACCAGAGGAGAAACUAAGAUAUGAUCACCAGAUGAUGCACGAAAAACACAAGGGUCAUGAAGCAAUGCACUCGGAAAUUGUGCUAAUUUUAUUUGUAACAUUAAUUAUAGCACAAAUCGCUUUAGUACAAUGGAAAACGAAACAUUAUAGAUCAUAUUCGGCUGUCACAUUGCUGGCAAUGUGGAUUAUACCAUUAGGCAUAUCAUUCUUCUAUGGUUUCAUACGUUUUAUAAUUAUUUGGUCGAUAUUUUCGAUUAUUACAGCCGUAGUAAUAAGAAAAGCUAUAAGUAAACCAAUUGAAGGAUCAACGCCAAGAUUGGUCUACAAAUGGUUUUAUUUCAUCUAUAAAUUAAGUUAUGGUUUGGGUAUUGUCGGCUAUCUGAUAAUGAUGGCCACAUUUUUGGGCUUUAAUUUCAUAUUUAAUCAGGCUCCGAAUGUUUGGAUGGAUGUUGGCCUAAUGUUUGUAUUCUAUGGCCUUUAUAUUGGUGUCUUGGGUAGAGAUAUUUCAGAGAUUUGUUCCGAAAGAAUGGCAUCGUUAGUGGGGUACUACACCCCCCAAGGAAUCCCCACUAGACAUUUGGAGGAAAAUGUUUGUGCCGUGUGUGGUAAUCAGUUGUUGGUUAGUGAAAAAGAAGAAGGCAUAAUCGAGAAUACCUACAAGCUGUCAUGUAAUCAUGUAUUUCAUGAAUUCUGUAUACGUGGCUGGUGUAUUGUGGGUAAAAAACAAACGUGUCCUUAUUGCAAGGAGAAAGUUGAUCUUAAGAAAAUGUUUUGUAAUCCCUGGGAACGCCCUCAUGUCCUCUAUGGCCGUUUAUUGGAUUGGAUACGCUUUUUGGUGGCAUGGCAACCAUUAAUAUUUUUCAUUGUUCAGGGAAUCAAUUAUGCUUUAGGCUUAGAAUAGUAAUCAAUUCCCUAAAAUUCUAGUCAAGCUGUAGU